GCUCUCUCAAAGCUGGACAGUGAGACCAAUGAAGAGGAUGUGAGGAGAAGACACUCUGUGGAAAACUCAGUGGGCCUGAACAUCCUCGGACUGGCAGCCUGCAUCUGAAAUCCUGUCUCCCCGGACCUUCUGAGUCAGGCCGGCUGAGAUUUGGAUCGUCCGGCACAUCCCCGGGGCCCAACCUUGAGUACAGCUUCAUCAAAGGGCAGGAAGCCACGUGCCCUUGUUUUGUGGCACCAGCUGCCAGAAAGUGGAUGUGCAGGCGAUUGCAUCAUCAAGCAGCCAAUGAAAAAUAAAUAACAAAAUAAAGCACAGGAGCGCAGAACAUCUCAACACCAAACACUGCUUCUCAGUCUCAAUCAGACAGAAUAAAAGGAUCUGGAAACAGCCAAUGCUUCAGUCCUCCAGGAUACUAGGGAAUGAGUCAGAAAAACUGCAAAAUCUGAGAGAACAGAGUCAAUCCAUUUAACAGCUGCACAACUUUAAGGUCAGCAUGAGGUUCCUGUGGACAUUGCAUUGUAUCCUGGGAGCCUACCUUCUCCAUGGCAACAGAGCAGAGAGCAGGGAAGAUAAUAUAUCACAGGCUGAUCUUCGGGCUUCACUCUUCCCCUUGUUUCCAAACUUCACUCUCAUGGAUGACAGUGCGGCUGCAUUCGGAGUGAUGGAUGAUGAGGAACUCUCGAACGUGUGCGCAAUCACAGUGUUGAUCAAUGCACUGACCGUUCCUAGUGAGCAUGAAGCAAUCAACCCUGUUACCGAAGAUGACCUGAAGCCGGUGAAGGGUCUCUUAAAUGGCAGCAGUUCAGUUUUGGAAGGCUUGGCAUCAGUAGUCAAUGCAGAGGUUGGAAAAGUGAGCUACCAGUCAUUGAUCACAGAGACCGUCUUAGACAUCAAGCAACAGAAUGAGCAAUCCAACAACAUCAUGACAGAAAUCUCCCAAACUCUUGACGCAGAUCCAACUUCGGAUAAGCAUGUGACAAAGUUCAAGGAGAAGGUUUGCAGGAUGGAGUCAAUGCUUCAGGCCAUUGACCACCUUGCCCGUCAAGUGAAGCAAAUGUCAGAUACUCUGUCCACAGAACUGAAGCAGCAUUUGGGAAAGUCACACAAGAUGGAAUCUACCCUGUACCAGAAACAAAACUGAGAGGAGGCUGGGGUCCUGUUGGUGAAAGGCCACCUUUCUCAAUUAAUCAGCGAGGGUUUGAGAACUGAGGAAUCAAUAGCUCUUGCAUCCAGAGAAUACUGAAUCGAGUUCCAACAUUUCCAGGAAGUAUCAUAUAAUGAGCCAAAUUCACCAGCCUCUAUUUUCUCUGUAGAAUACUCUACACUGUGUCAACUCUUGCUCCUGUUUCUCUGCCAGUCUAGGUUGUGUUGUUCAGAUCUAUUCACAUCUAAGUUUAGCUGUGGCCUGAUGGUUAGCAGCAUAUUGAUCUGCUGCCUGUACCCACAUUAGGAUUCUCAAAAGUUGUCAUAUCUUGUGGUAUGGUUUCAUACGACAUUAAAAAUUUGAGAAACUG